AUGUCAUCGUUCAAAAUUGCCCAAGAACGAAAUCCACUAACAAUGAAACCUCUGAAACAAAUCAUUUGCGUUCCAGAUUGUAUUAAGGAUGAAUACCAAAAAAAGAGAGAGAAAACUAGAGCAUCAAUCAAUACAAGCACAUCAGCAACAUCAUCUCAUUCAAUGAAACCACACAUCAUACGGACUAGGCCUCCAUCAGCACCUUCGGAACAAGUUCGAUCUUUUCCUUCGGAACCUGCUCGGAGUCCAAUAUCAACAGGACCUAUGAAAUCUUUGCAUAUAUUAUUUCACUCUCGAUCAAAUUCGCAACAAAUCGAAACACAACACACGCAUGACAACACUUUGAACAAUUCAAACAAUUCUCGACAAGUAAGCAACUCGAGACAAGUCAAAGAAAUUCGAAUUCCUAAAGAAGUGAAUGAGCCAUCAGAGAACGAGAUUGAAAAAAUUGCAAAGAACUGGCUUCAUCGCCUUAACUUUGACUCACUGUUAUCAAAAGAGCAACGCUCUUUGCUAGAUGAUCCUUUGCGGAAUGGAACGUUUUUAUGUGAACUUGUUGAAACUUUGGAAAGGACAACAUUAAAAGAUUAUUGUCAUCAGCCAAAGAAAAUGAGUGACAUUAACAGAAACCUAGACAGCGCCUUUUCAAUACUCAAACAAAAAAACAUUCCAGCAAAAUAUUUGUACAGUUCUAAUAAGAUUAUUCGAGGAGAAAAAGAAACGAUUUGGGGUUUAUUGUAUCAUAUUUCAAGGGCGUAUCCAGAGGCUGUUAACAACAAGGAACAACAUUUUUCAAAGAAAGAAUUUGUCUUGUAUUCUUCAGACAAGAUGCUUGACUUAGAAAAGUCCAUUAUUUGGUGGCUUCGAAGUUUGGGCAUGCUUCCCAUUCACAAACCAAUACCGGACACUCUAGAAGAUAUUGACGAAGAAAUCAGAAAUGGAACUAUCCUGUGUGAUCUUGUUGGAUUUAUUCUGGGUGAUCCAAUUGUCGGUGUGACAAGAAAUCCAAAAAUUGUCACAGCAUGCCGUUCCAACAUUUCAAAGGCCAUGGAUUUACUGAGGCAAAGAAAAAAGAUGUGUCAGAAAUUUCUUGACGAGGAAGAAAUCUUAAAUGGAAACAAAAACUAUAUUCUUGGAUUGUUUGAAGACAUUAGAAGGUACUAUGAUGGAAUUCCAGUUAGAAAUGAGAAGACUGAAACUCCUUAUUUAGGUAGUUUACCAUCAUUCUCCGUUCCAAACUUUGGUAUGAACACAAUACCUGAGAACAGUCGUUCACCAUUUUUGAAUCACAAUCAACCCAAAUCAACCUCUAAAACAUCUCUUCUACGUCAAAUGAUGAGCUCAACUUUCGUGGAUGAACCAACACAUACUCUGCCAAUGACCGGUCCUACAGAGCUUCCAGCAUCUAUCCCGACGACACCAAUAUCCACAAAGCAUGGUACUGUUGAGCAAAGAUCUUUUCCUGAAUCCUUCUUCCCAUCCUCCCAGCUAAAAUCUGUAUUUAUUCCUCCUCCGAGUGAGAUUGACAACACCACACGCCAAAUGGUGACAGAUAAUCAAACAACUAAAACACUCAUAUUAGAUCGAGAUGUGCCUUACAAGGUAGAAACGAACAUCUCUUCGAAGAACAAGACUCAUUCAGAAAAUAAAAGAAAGAGGUGA